AUGUAAAAUAAUAAUAGAAAUGAAGAAAUUAUAAAACAAUAAAUUGAAAAUGAAAAACUAGAAUAAGAAAACAAGCUUUUGAAUCAAGAACUAUCUAAAGUCUUUAGCAAUUAAUAAUUUGUUUGUAAUUAAUAAUUAUCAAUAAAAAGGCUAAUAAAGAUAUGAUGAUAAAAUAUUAUAGAUUUUAAUCAAGAUGGAGAAGUUUUAAUAAAAAGAAUCAUGUGAAUUGAAGUUUCGUCUCUAUCAAGAUAUAUAGGUUUUAGAGAUCACAGGUCUUAUAUCAGAAAAAGAUUAAGAUUAAUAAAUUUAAUACAGUGUCUUUUUCCAAAAAAUAAAGUUGUUAGCAUAGGUGACUGGCAAACCAAAAAUAAAUUAGACAGAAAAAAAAAUAGAAAUUAUAUUUGAUAUAAAAAAAAGAACUUGAUGGUUUAU